CUAGGCCCCACAGCGUACAGGUGUACUCUCUCAUGUUCAUAGUGAACUCCCAGAUCUAAACAAACAUAAAACAUGAUGAUAGCUGCAUAAAACCAAAAGCAAUCAUUAUCAUACAAUGUUUUACAAGAAUUCUAGAAGGAAAGAGUUAUAAAUUAUUUGAACUGUUUUGUGCGUGCGUUUUGAACAUAAAAGUCACAAUUACAAAUAUUAAUAAUAUAUUACAAUGGAUCGGUUUAAAGUGAUCGAAAUGAUCGGUGAAGGAUCAUUUGGCCGAGUAUUCAAAGCAGUUGAACGAGACACGGGACAGACGGUGGCAUUGAAAUUGAUACCGAAGGUUGGUCACUCGGAAAAAGAAAUUUCGUCUCUGAGAUCAGAGUUCAAGAUUCAAAAAGAGCUCAGUCAUCCCAACAUAGUUAGAAUGUUGGAUGCUUUUGAAACUGAGAAAGAAUUGAUAAGUGUCGCGGAGUUUAUUCCUGGUGAACUUUACAGGUUAUUUGAUCUUUACAAGCUGGAAAUGGGUUACAGAAGGUUACCAGAAGAACGGGUUCAGGAGAUUUGUGGUGAUCUACUCUCUGCAUUACACUAUCUUCAUUCUCAUAGAAUACUUCACAGAGAUAUAAAGCCACAGAACAUUUUACUGGAUAGCAAUGGACGUGCCAAACUUUGCGAUUUUGGAUUUGCGCGAAAUCUAGGAGUUCACACUUUAGUGCUGACAUCCAUAAAGGGUACACCACUGUACAUGGCACCUGAGCUCAUUGAGGAAAAACCAUACGAUCACACAGCAGAUAUUUGGUCGCUAGGAUGUAUUGUAUAUGAACUUUUAACUGGUUAUCCGCCAUUCUCCACCUCUUCACUUUUUCAGCUAAUAAAAAAAAUAAGAUAUGAAAGUAUACAGUGGCCUGCUCACCUAUCGGUGGAAAGUAGAAGCUUCCUUCAAGGAGUUCUAGAGAAGGAAAGUAGGAAAAGAUUGAACUGGCCUGAGUUGGCUUUGCAUCCUUUUGUCAAGGACAGAGUUUGUAUUCUAGCAGGAUCAGAGAGUGCCCCUCUCACAUCCAACCUCUCAGAGAGUCAAGAACUAGCCAAGGAGAUUCAGCGCCAGGACAAAGCAAAACUUCUGCCUGGAAAUUCCCAAACGUUAAUUAGGUAUUUAAUCCUAUCAUUUUCUCUCAGUAAAAUAAGAAUCAAUGAAAAUUAAAACCC